UCCAAACCCAAUCAACUCCGCUCACCCGCGAGAUUCAGGAUAUCACGCUAAGGACACUGCAGAGUUAUUGCCCAGGGAAGCAGCCAUGUUCGCCCGCGGCAGGUCCAAGGAGCCUAGCUCCGCCAGGAAGGUGACGCCGCCGUCCCCUUCCUACAUGACAAACGAGCAAUUCGGUACGCAAGCUCCACCUUCCCCUGGGGCAAAAAAUGACAUGGAAUUGGUGCUGACCUGCUGGCCAGCCGCGUACCUGGCCGACCUGCGCAACAGCCGCACUAACAGGCCUGCGGGAGCCCGCCCGCCGCCGGCUUCCAGACAUGAUGCUCUGGGCUUGAAUGCCGCCACCCGGCCGUCCAUCGGAUCUCCCACGCCAUCGCGAACGUCCUUGCCCCAGCAGCGCUACCACCAACCGACACAAUCCGACGGUGUUCCCCUUUCCGCCAGCCGCCCGUCCGUUGCCCCCAGUGUCUCUUCGCGACACUCGGCCAAGACUCCUGGAAAAGACUACUACCCCGACCAGCCGGUACCACCGCUCAAGCCGUCAGAGGUUGUCCCCAGUGCGACCUACAUUGAGCGUGGCCAGAGAUGGAUGGAAAAGGAGGAAGCUUUUUCACUACGCCGGGCCAUGGAGGAUAUGGACCUGAGGGACCAAUCCAAGCGAAAGAAAAACCGGGAAGCAGAUGCUGAGCAGGCUAGGGAAGACAAGCGGAUCUACGAAGCGGCCUUAAACGAAGCGGCCGAGCUUGUCUGGCAACAUCAAAAUCCGGGUAAGGUGCCGCAGCCGGGGGGCCCCUACCGCUACAGGCCGCAUCUGCGCAAGAAUAGCUACGCACAUGCCCGUGCAGCCAGCAUCGGGAGGUAUGGGAGCGAUGUCGCGCCGACUGGUCUUGCUCGCGAUUCACAAGCGCGUUCCGUAUCCGGGAGCUCUUCCGAAGGCGACGAUCUCGGGUCCGCUGCCGGCCGUCCGUCGUUUGCUUCUUCUCGCCAACCAGCAGUCGCGGAACCUCCUUUGGGGGCGGCGGCUUCGCAUCGCAUCACCAAGUCCUAUGGCGACCUCUCGGCCGCGCCCCGUUCGGUCUCAGGGCGCCGUUCCAGAAGCAAGCAGGGCAGGCACGUCAGCGGCGACGCCCCCCAGCCGUUCUCAGGGGAUCAAAUCUGGGAAGAACUAGACACGGAGACGUCUGGUCAACCUCCAAGCUCCGCGCCGGAUGAUGCCGUCCAUCCCCUGCAACCAAAGCCAAAGGACCCUUUGAACCGCAUCCAGUCCGCGUCCGAGGCGACCACGGGGGUGAAAAUGAGCCCUUCACCCCCGUCACCUGAUAAGUUGGUCUCCAAGUACGAGAUACAUCUGAAUCCUCCAACGCAGUCUCGAAACCCCCAAUACACCAUCAAUGAUCGCUCUGCUGCUUUACCCGCGCAGCACCGAGACGUACCUCGCAAGCACGGCAUGGAGAUCCGCAGCGACGAGAUCAGGCAGGCAACGAGCAUGAAGUUGAAAGACCGCAGCCCCAAGCUCCCCACGCCGUCAGCCGUCAGCGAUAAUCCAGGCCGACCUAUCGUAAGCUUUGAUAAAGAUUGGAAGCCCCCAGAGGAGGCUACUGACGCCAAGUCAGAAGAGUCGAGAUGCGGGCGAGGGGGCCUCCAGCGCCCAGCGUGCCUCCUCCCUGGCACGCUCCGCAACCGCCAGUCGCUGCAGCAGCAGCAACAGCAACAAGCGCAAGCGGUCCCUGCUAUCUCUGUUACGGGUGAUUGUGAGGCCUCGUCAUCGCCGUCGACGUCGAACCUGCGCCGGCCACCACCCGCCGCGCCCGGGACUUCAGUAGAUACACCUUCUGUGCCUGUGAUUGCGGUCUCUGACUGUUCCUCCCCAUCUCCACCCGCCAUCGUCAUCGAGCCUGACGGAGCAGAUGAUGGCCCCCGCGUUCCCGCCCUCGUCACCACCAGCGACAGCAGCGGCGGGACGCGCAGUGGCUCCAGUCGUCCGCUCCCCACUCCUCAAGCCGGCGCCCCGCGAAUUCGGCAGGCGGGCGGCCCUCGCGGUCACUGGUCACAAGCUCCGAGGCCCGUCGGUAGCCGGGCUACAGCUCGCUGCCACGAAUGCGGUGACUUCAUUGAAGGUCGCUUCGUGUCGCUGGCUGGCUACUCGGAGCGAUUCCACCCGCAGUGCUUCACAUGCUACGCCUGCGGCACGUCCCUCGAAGCGCUCGAGAUCUCGCCAGAGCCCGACAGCCAUCGGGCUGCGCGCCUCGAUCGCAUUUCCCGCCGGGCGGCAGGCGAAGUGCUCCCCGAGGAGCCCGGCCAGACGAUGGCCGAGGAUGGCGACGAGCGGCUGCGAUUCUUCUGCCACCUUGACUGGCACGAGCUGUUCGCACCCCGCUGCAAGCACUGCAAGACGCCCAUCAUGGGCGAACACGUCGUGGCGCUGGGCGCUCACUGGCAUUUCGGGCACUUCUUCUGCGCCGAGUGCGGCGAACCGUUUGAGAAGGGCAUGACGCAUAUCGAAAAGGACGGCUAUGCGUGGUGCGUGUCCUGCCAGACGAAACGCACGGAGCGUCGCGCGCCCAAGUGCCGCAAAUGCAGGACCGCUGUUAUCGGCCAGUACAUUCGUGCCCUGGGCGGCGAGUGGCACGAUGAAUGCUUCCGGUGUGCCACCUGCAAUGGUGGGUUCGACGACGGGCAGAUCUUUCCCAUGGAAGGUCGCGGUGCGCCUGGCGAGACUGUGGUGCUUUGCACGAAGUGCAUGGAAAAGGAGCUGAAGGCUUGAAAUCUCGUUCGUCAUUAUCUGGAUGAGAUGCUCAGCAUGGGGGUGCUGGAUGUCGCAGUGCAAAUCAUGUCUUGUCGUUGGACCACGGAGACAGAUCUGGAGCAACGGCUGGGGGUUUGUUGGGAGCUCUGUAGUUUGGGUGUUUGCAGGUUUCACAACAUGAGAAGUUUUCUGCGGCGCCUGUCUCUGCCCGUCU